ACACCAUGGCUCGCAGACACCGCUUUUCCCACUGGUUACUUUUCUCCUGGCUGGUGCUAACUGUGGCAGAAGGACAAAAAGAGAUAGUCACUCCUCCAGGAGGCUCACAAAAUAACAUAGAUCCUACAGACUGCGAGAUCUUUACACUCACGCCUCCGCCCACCACAAGAAAUCCAGUAACGAGGGUCCAGACCAUCACAAGGACGCGCAAGUGUCCCUUCCACUUUUUGCCAUGGAGAAGGCCCAGAAUCCAUCUUAGGUUUCCAAACAGACAUUUCUUCCCUCCAAAGUGCAACCACCGUUUCCAGUUCUGGCCAUUUUAUUGGCCACACAGUCGACUUACUGCUCGCAAAUAUUUCCCCAGAAGAAUAUUCCAGAAAGGAAGCUCAUCUGAGGAAAGCAGAGAGAAAAGAGAAGCCCAAACACACCGAAGCAAAAGAAGCCAAUACCUCAGAAAAGGCAAUGAAAAGAUUCCGGUUUUCUCUUUCUAAACCAAAACUAUUGGAUUUGAAGAUUAA